AUGUGAAGGACAGGGGCUGUGCUGAACAGUGUGGGACCUCUGGGCACCUGGUGUUUGGCUUGUCUUCGUAGGUGCCGUGACCAUGGCAUCCCAAGGCCAGGUCAUUUUCUGGAGCAUGACUACAGUCAUUAUCAUCCUGGCUGCGGUGAUUGCCCUGAUCAUCGGGUUUGGUGUCUCAGGAAAACGCUCCAUCAGUGUGACGGCGCUGACGUCUCCAGGGAACAUCGGCCAGCGCGGCAUCCUGGGCUGCACUUUCGAGCCAGACAUCUGGAUAGGCAGCAUAGUGAUCCGGUGGGACAAGGCGGGAGUAGCCGGGCUGGUUCACGAGUUUAAAGGUGGGAAGGACCACCUGCAAGAGCAAGACGCAUCGUUUCAGGGCCGCACGGCAGUGUUCGCAGACCAGGUGAUCGGCGGCAACGCUUCCCUGGAACUGAGGGACGUGCAGCUCUCCGAUGCCGGCACCUACCGGUGCUCCGUCACCACGGCCAGAGGGAGCGGAGCGGCAGUGCUGCGGUACAGGACGGGAGCCUUCAGCACCCCCAAGGUCCACAUGGAGAACAGCAGCAGCGGGGACAUGUUGCAGUGUGAAGCACCACGCUGGUUUCCUCGACCCACUGUGCGCUGGACAGCCUACAGCGAUGCCGGGGAGUACCUACCUCAUGUUGCCAACACCAGCUAUGAGCUGAAUGCCGAAAACAUCACUCUGAAAGUGGUUUCCUUUCUGCACAACAUUACUGCUAACGCCACCUACACCUGCAUGAUUGAAAACAACAUUGCCAAGGCUACAGGCAACAUCAAAGUGACAGAUUUCAGCAUUACAAGGGGGACUAACUUGCAGCUGGUGAACCGGAACACAGAGUCAGUGUCCUCCUCCCUUCCAGCCUGUCACUGGAUGCUUCUGCUUCCCCUGUAUCUGCUGUCGAUAUAA